ACAGCAAGCGUGGCCCAGUGGCACUCAGCAGAUCCUGCUCCCUCCCGCCUGGCAGCAGCUGACCGGAGUGGCCACCCACACUUUGGUCCAGCAUGCCACCAUCAUCCCGGAGUCCAUGGCGGGCACCCAACCACUUGCAGACUGGAGAAACACGCACGCUCACGGCAGCCAUUACAACCCCAUCAUGCAGCAGCCCACGCUGUUAGCGAGCCAUGUGACUCUCCCGCUGCCCAGCCCGUCAACGUGGGUGUUGUGCAUGUCAUGCGCCAGCCCCCCGCCGCUGCCACCGCCGCCAUCUCUGCCAGGAACCGUAAGCAGCACCAGUCACCGACCCGAAACACCUCCACCUGUGAAGUUUCAUCCUGUCAAUCCAUCAGCUCGCCUCAGCGGUCAAAACGAGUGAAGGAGAAGACGUCUCCCCGCUGCGCCAUGGUGCACAACAGCCCCGCCUGCAG